CUUAGACGUCCAACACAACCUUUACGUCACUUUGCAACUUGUGUUGAUGGUGGUGCAAGCCAGAGUUGGGCAAUGAACAAUCAUUGAAUAAGUAAAACAUGCCGCAAGUCGAUUCGGAUGUCUUUCAUGCGACUGUAUAUGAGAUUGUACGAAUGAUCCCACAUGGCAUGGUGACAACCUACGGCCAUAUUGCUCGUCUAGCCGGAUCACCUGCCCACUCUCGCCUAGUAGGACAAGCACUCAAGUUUCUACAAGCACCAGAUGUUCCAUGGCAAAGGGUAAUCGGAGCAGGCGGCACAAUCUCCGAUCGAGGUGAUGGCGGAGAGGGAGCAGCACGUCAAGCAGAACGCUUGCGGGAAGAAGGAGUCAAUGUGUCUGAAUCAGGCGCUCCUUUGAGGUUUAGAGUCAAUAUACAACAAUAUGGCUGGUUCCCAAAUCAAGUCAGUUUAUACGACUCAGAAGAAGAGGCGGAAGAUGGAGAAUAGUCAAUCUGUUUUGCAGUGUAAUCACAUUUAAUUCGAUACCAAUUAUAC